UCGAGUCAGUCUUCGUCGCGAGCGGUCGUGCAGCAGCACAGCGAUAAAUUGCUCAAGUACACGAGGCAUGGCGCAGACACAUGUUCGGUAACGGAGUGCAUUGGUUGAUUCGAAUGGAAUCGAAACCACUGAAAAAGGGGGUGAAUAGUGUUGAACAAGGAGAGUGUAUAUAUGCGGUGUGCAUUUCGUAAGAAGAAAUACAAAUUACUGAAGAUAUUGGGAGGAUAACAGAUAGCGACCAUGCAAAGAGAGCUGAUUAUGUUCGUUGCCCUUAUUUUGGGAAAUCUUCAUGGCAAUAAUGGGAUACCUGCAGUGGAUCAUAAUACUAAUAAUGAUGAAAGCGACGGAGACCUGAUGAUGGAACCGGACGAACACAAUGCAGAUUCAGCAACGCAAGCGACUGUUAGGCGUUCUACAUCUAUUGGCGCAUUACUCCAUCCCUACAAUCAUCACUUGUACAUCACCGCAACACGACGAGAAGAAAGUGGGCUGCUCACAGAUGAAGAGAGAGCGGCGGCUGCUUCUGAAGGCUUCUACCCUUCCUUUAUGCGCAGCUCGAGACAAUAUUUUCAGCCAACGGAAGUCGAUAGGUUCCGACCAACAACUGUUGGACGAGCAAAAUUAGUUGAACAGUCAAUAUUAGGUUCAGGUGAUUUCGGCGUCCUCAAAGGUGGUACAUUCUAUCAAGACAACGACCCUCCUCUCAGAGGCUACCAAAACGAUUAUUACGGGCUAAACCUUAAAAGCCACAACGGUCAUCAAAGACCAUUUGCAGCACCUUUAGUGCAAAAGUUCCGCUACCCGUCAGAUGCCGCUGAUCCAUUUUCCAACUUCAGAGAUUUUGCAGAUAUUAAUGUAUCUACCGACGGCGGCCAGUAUUCAGAACUCUACGUCGUUUACGCCAAUAAAAAUAGUAGUCAUACUGAGAAAGGCGCCAAGAAAAAAAUAGACGUAACAAACAAAAAAACCAUUCAAAACAUUAAAGAUAAACUCGACCUCAUAGAUAAAGAAAUUAGUUCAGAACAUAAAUUAACGAAACUGAGUAAGACCAAAUUAAAACUUCUUAAAAGUAAAAAACAAACAAAGAUAAAAAAUGAAGCGGAAGCAACCAGCACUACAUCGAUUCCUGAACCAGAAAGUGAUUUCAUGCUAGCAUUAAGUUAAAAUUCAACAAAAUUUACAAUUAUUCUAGAAUUGUUUUAGAACACUAUCGUAUAUUCAAAGACUGUGAACCUUUGAACAGAUUACCUUAAAUUUGCAAGGUGCGUAUUUUGUAUGUACUGUUAGAUGAAUAAGAAGAGUUCAGAUGAUUGUAAUAGUAUAGAGAUAAGCACUUCAUGACAUUUGAAGACACACCAGUGCAUCAUCAUCACAUCACCUAUUAGUGAUGGUAUAAACAUCCUCCAUCAUCAUAAUACAAAUUUAUUAUUAUUCAAAAAUCCAUCGCGUCACCAAAAAAUAGCAGUUACACCUAUAGCUUAAACAUAGGUUUUAAAGGCAAUGUAACCGAACUCCUGCUGCCGUCAAUUUACGGCAUUGAAUGCAGUUACUAUCUAGAAGAAUAAUACAUUGCAAGCGAUAAUACUAGACUAAGGGCCAAUUUCUUCACCUCCGUUUAACUCUUAAGCGGUGCUUACCCGUACGCUUGAACUGGGUUUAAGGCCUAAUCGGAGGUGAAGAAAUCGGCCUUACAUAAUAUAAGAAUCUACUGUAGAUUGAAUCUCGUUUCGAAAAACCUCACAUCAUUUCACAAUCAUAAAUGCGUUUAUUUUGCACAGAUUACUCUUAUACUGUACAUAAAAAACAACAUCACACGAUUAGGUGCAUCAAAUCAAAUUCUACGAAAAAUUACAUUUUAAAAAAUAAAAAAAAUGAAAAAAAUGUUCUAAUAAUACCGUAAUCCGGGGAAACAUUGAUCAGCGGGGUAACAUUGAUCAAUUUCACCAUUUUCAAAAAGUGAAUAAAAUAUUAUUUCCUGUUAUCACAGUGACUUAUUGUGAGUAAGGUAUAUUAAUCUUGACUAAAUUUGCUGCAGAAUUAUGUAACCUUCGGAUGAAUUUGCAUUUAUUUUUCGCCAAAAUUUGAACAAUAAAAUCAACAUUAUUUUUUGAACUCACAGCAAGCUGCCAAAAAAGCACUCAAACAAAAAAAUUA